AUAGUUUCUUCUUUGAAAAAAGAAAGAUAUCAAGAAUCACACUCCGUUCCUCUUCUAAAAUUUCUUCACUCCAAAAACUGCUGUCACUCUUCCUUAUGAAACUCAUACGAAUUAAUCCGAAAUUUAAUUAAUUUCGUGAAAAGUUUUUCUGGGUUUUAAAUUUUUGGUAUAAAUUUUCUUGGAUAUUGACUACGCUCUUGAUCUGUUCUGUAUUCAUCUACCCACCACCCAUCCUCAAAUUGAGGAAAUCAAAAAUAUUUCCUUGGUUUUUUAAUUGAAGCUUUUUUGUUGAAGAAGAAAAAGAAUGGAUCUUGGUUGUAUUGAUAUGGGCUGUGUUGAGAAGUCGAGGAAAGAAACCUCUCUUGAGAAAGACAGCAGUCCAAAGGAGUCUGCGACGUCUGCGUCUAAGAUUGGAAAGAAUAAUAAAUCGAAGGAUGCAGUGCGGUCUAGCUUAAACGCUUUGAACAAACUUACAUCCCAAAUCUCUAAGCCUCCUCGUCGCAAGACCUCACCGCUUAAUUGGUUCCCCCGGAAAAAGGUCGAACCCUAUUUGAAGAGGAAAAUUAAAAUGCUUCAGGAAGUAGAUGGAAUGCGUUUAACACUAGAUGAAACUCUUGGUGAUUCAAAUCCACAUUACUCGAGAGUACUGAGAGAAAAGAUUGCAAUAAGAGAAGCUGCCGAGAAAGCAAUGGAGGCUCGAAAGGGUGCAAUGGUGGAAGCAUCCUGGUGUCGUAUACUGCAGGCCGCCAGGAUUGAAAGUAAAGAAGCAGAAGCUCAGCUGUCGAGAGCAGAACUUUCUGCUGCCGAAGCUGCUGAAGCUGCACGGGCGGUGGGUGUGAUCAUGAAUGAUGAUAUGUUGGGUUGUGUUCAAAACCAUUACAAAAUAGAAACAACGUCCUCUAGUAAGGGAGGAUCUACCACUCAUACGGUUUUGGCGACUUUUGAGACUGCAUUUGAGGUUGAUAAACAAGUAGCUGCCGCUGUUAAAGCUGCUUUUAUUAAGCUUGCUAAUUGCCCUUCAAUAAACAAAGAGGAGUUUAAAGAAUUGUUGCGCAAAAUAAGUGAGAACCCUGAUACUGAGGAAAAUUGCAAUGAAUUAACAGACUUCACUUUAGACUGUGAAUCUGAUGCUGGGCCGGAGCUGGAAGUUGGAAGUUGCUGUAAUAAGGAAUUUGAUGGCACAAGACUGAGGAAGCACAAGAAAGGACAGGAGUCGGAUAAGUUUAGUAUGACUAAUAUUGUUGAUAUGAUGCUUGGUAGGCUUCGAGGCUUGAAAGAAGAAGAACUUGCUUCUCUUGCCACUAUAGUUGCAACGAGUGGUUUAAAUGCUGCUUUAAGCUCUGCUGUUGAAAGUACCAAGGAUUAUUGUAGUAAGGUCCCCAGCAGAGUGUCUGUUGGUGGGAGGAUGGCAAGGAAUUCAUUUGCAGAUGCACAGGUGGGAGGGACAGGAGGUGCUGAACUCCCUGGCCUGGACAAAUUCCUUGUGAAACGCUUGACGAGACUUGAAAGAGAGGUACUGGAAGCCAAAAAUGCGAGAAAAAAUGAAGCUAGUGAUGCAAGUAAACAGAAGCUAGAUGCAACCGAUGAUGAGAAGCUCUUUUCUGUCAAGAAUACAAGUUCAAGAACUGAAGUAAAGCUCAAAGAGGACAUGGUGAUUCCUGACUUAGGAAGUGUGCUAGUUAAACAUUCUUCAAAGCUUGAGAAAGAGGUUGAAGAAGCAAGGAUGAACGCUAAAUCAUCUGAAGUAGAUAACAGGAAAUUCCAAAGAGGACGUAGGGAACAGAAAGAUGUUGCGGAGGUUCCCAGUCUAGAUAAAUAUUUGGUGAAACGGUUGACAAGACUUGAAAGGGAGGUCCAAGAAGCUAGGAACAGGAAAAAUUUCGAGCGAACUGAAGGAGAAAGGGUCAUUGAUUCAAGAAAGACAACUGCUAUUCUAGCGGAUGCAACAAAUUUGAAAGAGAUCCCAUUUAGUUCUACUGGAGAUUCAGUAGGCAAAGAAAAUAUGGACCUUAACAAAAUUGAGAACAGAAAUUCAACGACAUUGGAAGUCAUUGACAGUAAAGAUCAAAACCAUAAGAGUGAAGUGCUGGCAAAUAAGAUACUUCUACAAACAGAUGAUUCGUUGCGAAGCGAGAAAAAGGAAGCAGCACCAUCAAGAAGCAGCGUUGGACUUCAGCAGCAACAGAGUGAAGAUAGAAGAGACAAUGCAGCAGGAAACUAUGAAAGUUUAGACAAAGUUUUAGUAAAGCAUGUGUCAAGGCUGGAAAAAGAAAAGAUGGAAUUUCGUGCAGACGAGCAAAUGCAAAUACAACUCAAGCGAAAGGAUACCUACAGAGAAACAGAAAGCACCGAAGGCAGUUUGGACCAUGUUUUAGUGAAGCAUAAGUCACGGCUAGAGAAGGAAAAGUUGGCGGCAGCUGAGAAACAAGAUGAUAGCACCAGACACUCAAUUUCACGUCAACAAGCUAGGGAUAGAGAGUUUCAGGAAGCAUGGGGAGGCCUGAGCUUAGGAAAUUCUAUACGCCCUCACGUCUCUAGACUUCAACGAGACAAGGCUGCUUGGCUUGAAGCCGAAGAACAGGAGAGGAAGAGGGCGACAACAGGCGAAGUAUGAGGCUCACAGAGCUAACCAUUUUUCCACAUUUUUGUCUCCCUGAAGUUUCAAACCAGAAACAAGACAAAAUGAAAUGGAAGUUCAUUGUCAAAGCAAGCAAGCAACAUCUUUUAGCUACUUGUUUAUUUUACUGGCCUUUAUGGUGUGUAAAGGAUUUUACAUUUUGCUUAUGAAAUGUUGAUAUAUAUA